AAAGAGUGGUAUCGUAGAAUGGCGAGACCGUGGGAAAACGUGGGAGGGAACGGCGAUGAGUUACGAUGUAUCGUUUCGUUUCGUUCGGAUCGAUAACGAGAAAUCUGUUCGCUCGCUAUCGUCCGAAAUAUCGGUUAAUCGGGAGAUACGUGGCGCGUUAAAAGCGCAAUUAAAAUAAAGCAACUCGUCGUCGCGACUAAAAAGAGUAAAUAUAGCCAAGUGUAUGGUUUAAAUUCCAACGGCGCGAGACGCGCGCCGUUGCAGUUCGUUCGUGACACGGGUAUAAUAGCUUCCGGUCAGACACUCAUCCACCGACGUUUCCGGUAUCGUUGUUAUCCUCUCGUGAACUCGAAGCGAGAAGGGAACUCCUCUCCUUCCCUAUUUCCCGCGUCGAGCAACGACGUUCCGUCAAAUUUCUUUUACGAUCGUGUACGUUUCCACGUCGAUGUUCAAGAAUUUAUUUACUUGCUCGCGGAAUUGAUAAAGUCCGAUAAUCUCGAUGCGUAACGGAAAUCUUGAAAAACCGUAAUAACGAUCAGUGACUAUCUGCGGCUUCGUUUCAUUCUCGAACGAUACCGUUACUAUUAAUACUUUACUUCUUUCUUCUCUUUGCAUAGAUGUCUUCGAAUCGUAUAAUAAAUCUUUGCGCCUUUAUCGAAUAUUCUCUAGGCUGCCACGAGAACCAGUUUCCUCGCAUUAGCGUCAGACUACACAUGCAGUUUGGAACACCCGGUACAUGGACACGCGCGUUAACAGUUCUAGCGUUGUACGCGGGUGUAAUUGGACGACAGGUGUAGAGGCGCGUGCAACAUACAAGGAUCACGGUGACACGAACAGGGCCGAUUUGAAGCAAGCGAAAAGAUUCUGAGGACAGACAGGAUCGAAGAUAUGGAAGACGAGGACUUUGGUUUCACGAAGAGGCCUGACGGUGUCCUGAAAAAUGUUAACAACGAGUUAAACGAUUCUAAAGAUGCGACGAAAAACGACGGGGGUAGCUAUUUGGAGAAGAAGACGGGGGAAACGGUUAGUGGGAAUGGAUCAGUGAUGACAGCGCCGUUAUUCGGGGCGACCGAGACCGGAAACGCCGUCCCUCAGCGGCCAGCGACCGCCUCUUCAUCCUCUCCGGCUUCCUCAGUCGUUUCCAACCCGCCGAACAUACCGAACGUGGUCGAGUAUCACCUGAAAGUGAAGCCCGGACAAACACAGAGAAUCUGUCGACUCGAUAACAGUACCAAAGGUCAAGAGCUGAACGAUAUGAAGAAGGACAAAAGUCUGGCUUCUUCCAGCGACAAAAAGAAGGACCUCGUGUCAAAAUUGUCUCGUCUGUCCAUCGAUAACAAUGUCUUCGAGGGUUCGACGGAUCUUCCUCAGGUGUUCCAGGUGAAAUAUCUGGGCUCUCAUGAUGCCAGGGGCCUCUGGGGCAUCAAGCACACGAGGAGGCCCGUCGAUAAUAUGGUCGCUGCGGCGAAGGCCUUACCGACCAACACCAUGCUUCCUCUGACCAAACUGGUCGUCUCUCAAGAAGGCGUUGCCCUGCUGCCUAUCGAGAAAAGGAAGCAAGACUCCAACUUCGCCAGGAUAUACGCCAUCGAAACGAUCUCGUACGGUGUUCAGGAUCUCAUCUACACACGUGUCUUCUCCAUGAUCGUUGUACGCGAAACGGAGAAUUUCAGGAGAGUUUCGCCGUUCGAAUGCCACGCUUUCGUUUGCGAAUCGAAACAUCACGCGAGGCAGCUCACCUGCGCUUUAGCCACCGCUUUUGACAUUUAUUCGAGAACCGUGAAGGCGCAGAACCAAAUGGCUGAGAUGGCAAGCAAGAACGCGAAGAAAAGGUUCGCCAUCGAUCUUAGAAGUCCCGAGGAGAUCGAAGCCGAUUUAGCUGUGGAUUCCGAGGCUUAAAUUAGGUUCUUCUGCUCGAUGAAAUGUUUACUUUCUCUAUUUUGCUAUUGCAAGACUGCUACGGCGAAUUGACGAGAACUAGCGUCAUGCAGGAGUGUAGGACAUCUGCUCGGUGGACGACACAGGGUACACGUUGUCGAAAAUAUUUAAUAUAUGUAGAUCGCGUUAUAUGUAUAGAUGCAGGAUGAUUCACAGGGGCAAUCGGAAGGAAGGCGAUUCUUCGGCGAAAGUAUCGAUCGGAGAUGUAGAAUAAAACUCGCUCGUACUUGUGGCGCCUCAUUUUUUAGAGUAAAUCGAGAGAGAAUAUCGAAAGAAACGGUUUUUGGUUCAUAUUUUCGACUCGUUUUUACUCGAGCAGCGAUCGUUGCUGCGCAAUUUCGGAAUCUUCCUAUACAAGCCCAUUUAAGAAAAAUGUUUAUACGCUAUACGAAUAAAAGAUCAGUGGCUUAAUCUUCUUCUAAAAAGUUUCUUAAAGAUGCAAACGUUUGUAUCGUCAUUUGUUUUCGGUUAAAAGAGCGCUUAUAUCUGUACGUGAAUUAUUUAGGUAGCAAAUAUUAUUUUUUUACUUUUACGUUAUACAUAUUAUAUUCGUGUAAUCGUACUAGGAGGCCAGUGGCUAUCAGGUAUAGAUCAGAUCAGAGGUGUACAUACGUUGAUUUUGAUUAUCUUUCUUUCGACUGAAAUGUACUUUCUCCUGACAAAUGUGAAAGUGUGUGUGGGCACGAAAGUCGACGUAUUUAUCGUCGUUAAUUUUAUCGGAAUUUAUGAACGGAGGAAUAGGCACCGCCUAUCCACGAUAUAAUGGCUAGUUAUCCAAAGAUACCAAAUAGAAAAAGAGCCGAAGAUUUACCGAUUCAUUUCGGUGACUUUUGCCAUCUCGUAUCAUAUUACAUGAAUUUCAAAGAAAAAGAGAUUGGAUUUUUCUCUAGCCGCUUUGCACGUGUGCGUGUGUGUUUUUAGUUUCUUUUAUCUUUAUCGUACUUUCGUUAAUGUACAGUAACCGCGUCGAGCACUAAUUCUUCUAUAUCAUGUAAUUUAUUUUCGACUUAUUUUAAGCCACGAGAGACCAAUAUCGAAACAUAUCAAUCGUUGUAAAUAAAUGUUUAACGGAAGCGUCGUCGUUAACGGGUUUUUAGUCUCGUAAUGAUUACGUAAUAAUUUCGACGUUUUAUUUAGCCAUUAAGUUAAUCGUUGCUUUUCGUUAGUCAUUACCGCAUCGUCGUAGUUUGUGUUUCUUUCUAGGCUUGGGACAUUUGUGUAACUCGUUUCCGCGUGUGAUUGCUUAAUUAUAAAUAUGGAAAUAGCAGUAUUAGUUACAUGUACGAUCACUAUAUGCAAUAAAUUUGUUGCAGA